GAGAGGCGGCAGCCAUUUUGUGCCGGGAGCCCGGAGGAAGAAGACGCUGGUGUCUCCACACUUCACGGGCCCUGGAGCCUACCGAGAACCCCGCCGUUCCGUCCGCCGACGCUCAGCGGGUCUCUGACCCACUGACCACUUCUUCUCCUUUUGUAGCCCUCCCAAGAAGCGAGGUGGCGCAAAGCGACUCCGCCGAGACACAGCCGCCCCUGGCUGGCCCCUCUCCCCGUACCCCUAGUCCCUCACCAUCGCCACGGCCAGCAUUCCGCUGCCUCUCCCCCACCCCCCCGGGUGCUAUGAGAGGCUUCGGAGACCGGGGCCGCGACCGAGACCGCGGCGGGUUUGGAGCAAGUCGUGGAGGUCCUCUUCCUCCAAAGAAAUUUGGUAAUCCGGGGGAACGCCUGCGUAAAAAGAAGUGGGACUUAAAUGAGCUGCCCAAGUUUGAGAAGAAUUUUUAUGUGGAACAUCCAGAAGUGGCCAGGCUUACUCCAUAUGAAGUUGAAGAAUUGAGAAGAAAGAAAGAAAUAACAAUUCGAGGAAUGGAGGGCUGCCCCAAACCUGUGUUUGCGUUCCACCAGUGUAGCUUUCCACAGUAUGUGAUGGAUGCCUUGAUGGAUCAGAACUUCACAGAACCCACUCCAAUUCAGUGCCAAGGCUUUCCUCUGGCUCUCAGUGGUCGUGAUAUGGUGGGCAUUGCUCAGACUGGCUCUGGGAAAACUCUAGCGUAUUUGCUGCCUGCAAUUGUCCACAUCAACCACCAGCCAUAUUUGGAGAGAGGGGAUGGCCCAAUUUGCCUAGUUCUAGCACCUACGAGAGAGUUGGCCCAGCAAGUACAGCAGGUGGCUGAUGAUUAUGGCAAAUGUUCAAGACUGAAGAGUACCUGCAUAUAUGGAGGAGCACCCAAAGGUCCCCAGAUCAGAGAUCUAGAAAGAGGUGUGGAGAUCUGCAUUGCUACACCAGGUCGUUUGAUUGACUUUCUUGAGGCCGGAAAAACCAACCUUCGUCGGUGUACCUACCUGGUUCUGGAUGAAGCAGACAGGAUGUUGGAUAUGGGAUUUGAACCUCAAAUUCGUAAAAUUGUUGACCAGAUAAGGCCUGACAGACAGACUCUGAUGUGGAGUGCUACCUGGCCAAAAGAAGUGCGCCAGCUUGCCGAGGACUUCCUUCAGGACUAUGUUCAGAUCAAUGUGGGAAACUUAGAACUGAGUGCCAACCACAAUAUCCUGCAGAUAGUGGAUGUGUGCAUGGAAAGCGAGAAAGACCAUAAACUGAUACAGCUGAUGGAAGAGAUCAUGGCAGAAAAGGAAAAUAAGACUAUAAUCUUUGUGGAGACAAAGAGGCGAUGUGAUGAUCUCACUCGAAGGAUGCGCAGAGAUGGUUGGCCAGCUAUGUGUAUCCAUGGAGACAAGAGUCAGCCAGAAAGAGAUUGGGUGCUUAAUGAAUUUCGUUCUGGAAAGGCUCCCAUCCUCAUUGCUACCGACGUGGCAUCUCGUGGGCUAGAUGUGGAAGAUGUUAAAUUUGUGAUAAACUACGACUAUCCGAACAGCUCUGAAGAUUAUGUCCACCGUAUUGGCCGUACCGCACGUAGUACCAACAAGGGUACUGCCUACACGUUCUUCACACCAGGAAACCUGAAACAGGCCAGGGAGCUUAUCAAAGUGUUGGAAGAAGCCAAUCAAGCCAUCAACCCAAAACUGAUGCAACUUGUCGACCACAGAGGAGGUGGAGGUGGUGGUGGAGGAGGUCGUUCUCGUUACCGUACAAGCAGUUCAGUAAACAACCCUAACCUGAUGUACCAGGAAGAGUGUGACAGGAGGCUUCGGGGAGUGAAGGAAGGCCGGAGAGACUCAGGUGGCUUCAGAGACCGUGAGCGUGGUGACAGUUAUGCCAACGGAGCCAACAAGACCUAUGGCAGUGCCUAUGGGAGCCCAAAUUCUGCUUUUGGGGCAGCACAGAGCCAGUAUGGCUACACUCAAGGGAGCUAUGGAGCAGCUGCCUAUGGCACGAGUGGCUAUGGCACUGCAGAGUACAGUGCUAGUGGCUAUGGUGCCAGCACCACAGCUGCCACCGCUGGGAGAACCUCACAAAGCACUACCCAACAGCAGUAUGCAGGGAUGGUGGGGCGCUCUGGCCAGCAGCCACAGCCUCUCAUGUCACAACAGUUUCCUCAGCCUCCUGCCACUAAUGUGAUGGGCUAUAUGGGACAGACUGCCACCUACCAGUAUCCACCCCCACCCCCUCCCCCACCCCCCUCACGCAAAUGAGACCACUCGCCUGCUGGUGACCAGUGUAGACCUCUUGCAUUUAAAGGAACCUUUUCUUUCUCUUCUUUCCCAUUGUGAUGUCUCAUGCAGGUUAGAUUUAGAAUUCACUAUUCAAAUUCCUUAAGCCCGUCAAAAAUGCCCCCUAGUCCACAUUACUGACCCUUUUUUUCUUUCCUUUUUUUUUCUUUUCUCUCUCUCUCUCUCUCUCUCUCUCUCUCUCUCUCUCUUUUUUUUUUUUUUUAAGAGAUAUAUAUAGUUGACUGGAAAAUUUAUUAUUUUUUGUCUUGCAUGUUGAGGAAAUUGGAAAUUUUAUUUUCGCUAAAAGAAAUGGGUAUAAGGCAGAUAGGUCCCAGCUCGAUCAUCUUGGUGUCUAAGGUUUGUGUGAAAACUUGCUUUUGAGGGGAGGAAGUUUCUAUUCUGUAAUACUUUAACUUAAUUUCAGGAAGUAUCAAGAGAGGUGGGAAACUUUGGGAAGCCAAAAAGCACUUCAUUUAACAUGAUAAAUGCAAGGGAGCAAUGCUCUUUCUUUUUUUUUUUUUUUUUUUUUCAUAAUCUUACUUCUUUUUCUUUUUUUCUUAAUAGCUCACUACUGUUGCUUGUAAUCUACCAUAGGUGACUUUCUACAGGAAAAGUCUGCUCAUUUGUCUCAGCUUGGCAGCAUUCCAAGUAAUGCCCCAUGUACAUUCUGGCUGUCAUUUUCUGCAGCUCUGGAAGCAGCAGUCCCUCUUCUGAGAUGACCUUAAAGGUACCUGUAGCAGCCUGCAGUAGGAAAAAAUGGGAUUAAAAUCUUUGGUGUCAGAGACCAACCUGACUUGGAUUUGAUGUUUGAAAAUCAGAUAAAGUCGCUGUAGAAACUACUGCUGUAAUGUUUAGGGAGAUAAUUUUUUGGGUUUUUUUUGUUUCCCUCCCUCCACCCCCCAUUCCCCCACCCCCCCAGUGAUUGUUAAAUUGUAACAUCACAAGUGUAUGGAGUCUGGUUACACUUUAAUUAGUUUCUGCUCUCAGAUUCCUGUCGUUGGGGUUAUUAAGAUUAUUCUCAUUUGAGAUCCCAGAAACUAGCCGUAACUGAGAUGAUGGUUAGGUUAUCACUUGUCUGUCCUUCAUGAACAUAGCAGCUUUGCCAUGGGGAAUGUUCUGAAUGCUGCUGUGCUGAAAAGAAUGUUACAGAGUUUUCCACACUUAAAUUUAAGAGGUUUGAAUAGGGUGAGCUGUGGGGGGAGGGCAAGGGGAGGAAUGGAAGAGGAGGAGAUUUGCCUGGAAUCCCCUCUUCAUGAGGUAAGGAGUGAGCUGGUUAGUGCAUCUUGAUUCUGAAGCUUGCUUUCUUUUGUACCUUGAUCUGACUAUUGCUUUUCCUGGCUUUUGAAUGCAUUUCCCCAUUCCAUUGGUCCCUUUGAGCUCAUCUCUUGCAGGUAGGUAGCAUUUUAGAAAAUCUUAGAAAAGAGUGAAAUUUUAGUAAAUAAAUAAAAUUUGUUUAUUUUACAGGCUAAGGUGGAUGUGAAGAGUUUUCCCCUUUAGUAAAGCAUGUUGUCGACUUGUGAUUUCUUAAUAGCAGAUGGUUCAGAGACAGUAGAUGGUAAUAGGAGUUGGCUGUUCUUGAUCUAAUAAUGUGGCAAAAGAAUGGAUACAUCUCCUGGUUUGGGAGGCAUAAUCCUUGCAUUAUGAAAGUGCAGAUUUUUUCUGUUGGUGUUCUUACAUAUGGAUGAACAAGGCAGCCUACUUUUGUAGCAGAGUGGAACUUCUAACAGCCCAGGAAAGGAGCUUGCUUAUGCAGAGGGUCUUUUGUUUUUAAUUUCUUGCCACAGUAUAAUUUUGGGGGAUGAAUGCAUUGUUUGUAUGAUACACAGGUAGGUUAUUGACAGCAUCAGAGGGAAAAGGGAGAGAUCUUCAGAACCUUGCUUCCCUCAUCCCAUCUUCAAAUUCUAGGGCUUGAGCAGGAAGUUUCUUUGCUUGUGUUAAGUGAAAGCCAGAAACACUUCUUUUAGCCAGGCACUGACUGAUGUGUCUUUGGCCUCCCUCACAAGCAGUUGUGGGGCUAUCUUUUUAUUUUAUUUUAUUUCAUUUUAUUUUAUUUUAUUUGUGAGUUUAAUGCAGAAAUGUGUUGAGGGAUGUAGGAGUGGGACAUCUGGCUAGAUGGCUUUAGAAGGGGUCUCUGGACCACCAAGGCUGCCUUAUAGUCUGCUACAGCUUUCACUUCUUUUUGGGGGGACUUGUGCACAUGUAAACAUAUAUGCCAAGUCUAGCAGUGCUUUAUUGUAAGUUGAGGUCAGCUGAAGCCCAGGGUCUCAUAUUCAGUUGAGAGUGUUAACCAGAUUGAAGGCAUCAGUGCACCAUGGCAUGUGCUGCCCCUGUCCCACCUGGUGCUCGCUGCUCUGUUCCAUAUACCAGCUGAAGGGCCCUUAUGGAUAAAGCAUUAGCGUCUAGUAUUGUUUGCAUUGUUUCCAAUCUGUAAAAGUUUGUGGGAAUGUCAUAUGAGUUGGGUGUCUCCUCCCCUCCCACUUCCUGAAGCAAUUUGUUGUUUGGACUUCUCUGAACAAUGGAAAGGUUAGUGGCUUUGUGUGGGAUCAGCAUUUUGUUUCACACAUUUGCUGGUCUCUGAACACAUUCCUGUUGUAUUAAUGAAGACUUGAAUUGAGCGACUGAUAGAUUUGUGGUGUUCAGACACAGGAUACUAAGAGCUAUGUUACUAUUCUUAGUUUGUAAAUUGUCCUUUUGAUACCAUCUUGUUUUCUUUUGUAGGUAUAAAUAAAAACACUGUUGUCAAUAAA